GUUCGCAGUGUACGUGCCCUCGGUGAAUAAAGCAACUUUACCCGUAGUCCGACUACCUAACUUUCCCGGCAAACGUCAAUGGUGGUUAUAUUUUGUGCGUGCUUAUAACGGAGUUGUGGAAAUUAAAUUAUCGAUAACCAAAAAGCUAUGGAGUCGGUCGUCCAAUAUUUACUCCUAGCCCUAGUUUUAACUUCAGUGCAAAUAUCCUACACUGAAAGCCGCCUAACUCAACGUCGGGAUAAAUCUGAAAGAAGAUAUCACGCUGGUAAAAAUAAAGAUAACGUAUGCGAAAUAACGGACAGGGCAUCGAAAGUGCAUUGUUACUGUGAGAACACUGAAAUUAAAUCCGCUAGAAGAGCAGAUUGUUGGGUCUUUAAUGGAGGCAUUGAAGAAUCUGACCCAAUAUGGUCUAGUUUUAACUCGCAACCAUUCCUCGAAAGAUUAGCCUUCAAUGUACGUUCUGACGGAGCUCUCAAAUUCAUUCCACUGCAAGUAAUCCAUCAUUUGAAGAGAUUACAAAAACUCUCCAUUCAUUACGCGACGUUCAACAAAAUCGAGAAGAGAAUUUUCUAUAACAUGACAACUGUGCGAGAAAUCAUUUUAAUGAAUAACAAAAUAACAGAUUUGGAUUUCUCCUCAUUUGCGAAUCUUCCGUUGCUUGUUAAUUUGACUAUUAAAGAGAACAAAAUAACAGAAAUACAAAAGGAUGUUUUCGUUGAUUUACCGUCUCUUAAAAAUUUGGAUUUGUCCUUCAACAAUAUUCAUUUGGUACACGACGGUUGUUUCGGACAUCUAACUACACUUAGCGAUUUAACAUUAGAAGCGAAUUCAAUUAACACACUCACUAAAGACACUUUUAGAGGUUUGGCUAAUUUGACAAGAUUGGAUCUACGUUCCAACAAGUUGUCAGCUAUAGAAGAUUUGACAUUCACGGAAUUGUGGAAUUUGAAUGAGCUCCUCUUAGACAAUAAUGAAUUGAAAUAUUUAUCUGAAAGGGCAUUUGACGGGCUCGCUCUACUACAGAAAUUGUCGAUGACUGGAAAUAAAUUGACGGCCAUUAAUGAGGGGCUUUUGGAAGGUGUGCGAGGACUUGAGUUAUUGGAUCUGAGGAACAAUGGAAUAGUAACAUUUACAUAUGACACCAUUAAGCCAAUAAUGGAGAAUUUGAAAGUGAAGACAUCGGUGCUUUACCUAAGUGGUAACAAGCUCAGGUGCGAUUGUCGGCUAAUAUGGAUUCAAGUACUUCGGAAUGAAACAGCUAGUGAGCCGCUUAAAGCAGCUUUAGAUGAUGUUACUUGCAUAAUUGAUGCAGAUGAAGCUGAUUCCACUAAAAAUAUAGAAUACAACAAUGGCAAUACAAAAUUGGAUGAACUUUUCGAAAUUAUAUCAAAUAGCAAUGCAAAUUCUAAUGAGGAUGAAGAAUUAAAUCGUCUGCAUAAAGUAGAGACUACAACAUCAACUAUUAUCAGUCAGUUAGCAGUAGUCAAUAUACCUGUAGAAUCAUUACGUUGCGCAAGUAAAUUGGCGCAGAACAGUGAAGAUUCAUUAAUGCUUUCCUCGAAAGACGAAAAUUAUUGGAAAUCAAGCUCAAAUUUUAAAACAUGUAACUUAUAUUUAGUGUCAAUAUUAUUAAUAAGUAGUAUACUAUAUUAAUUUUAUAUGAAAUUAUGAGAACAGUCAAUUUAUUUAAAAAGAUAAAAUGUGUGGAAUCCAAUUUAAAGAUGCAAGGUACCUGAAUGAGGUCUAAUAUCGAGAAUUCGAGGACCAAGAUCUUUAUAUGUGAUGUCUUUAUUGUUUAUGUCAAGAUACAGUUAGACUAAGCGACU